AUGAACGGAAAUUGGAAUGAUUACAAGACGAGUCUCUUUCUCCCGAAGAAAGCCAUUGAGAGACAAUUGCGACCCAUAUAUGGGGCCAGACUUGCCGUUAGUAGUCGUACGGACUCUGGAGUUCACGCCAUUGUGAACACGGCUCACGUCGAUCUCACCCAUCCCUACGUUAACACUGUCUAUAAGCCAGCGUUUAUCACACAAUCCGUUAACGCAUACCUCUCGAGGAAUGAUCACGAGAUAAGGCAU